AUGGGUGGCGGUGAUCUGAACUUGAAGAAAUCAUGGCACCCCUCGCUCCUACGCAACCAGGAGCGCGUCUGGGCUGAAGAAAAGAAAGCCCUCGAUGAGCGCAAACGGAUCGACCAGCUCCGGCGCGAGCGUGAAGAAGAGCGCCAGAUCCAAGAGCUGCAACGUCUCCAAGAAGCCUCCGGGAAGGGCAAGCAACAGAGCCGUGUCGACUGGAUGUAUCAGGCGCCCUCAGGCGCGACGGGCCAGUACUCCGAGGAGAUGGAGGGGUACUUGCUUGGCAAGCGGAGGAUUGAUGGGAUCUUGCUGAAGAAUGAUACGGAUAAUAAGAAGUUGGAGAAGGGAGCGGAUGUUGCGAAUGGCGCAGAUGGUGCUGCUCCUACGCCUGGCGUGGUUUCGGCGAGGGAUACCAUGACGAAGGUUAUGAAUGAUCCGUUGCUGGAGGUCAAGAAGAGGGAGCAGGCGGCUUAUGAGGCUGCGGUUAAGGAGCAGUUGAGGAGGAAGGACAGGGAGGAGAAGCGUGGCGGUCGUGAGAGGGAGAGAGAUCGUGAUCGUGACCGGGAUCGCCAUUCCAAGCGCAGACGAUACAGUGAUGAGGCCGAGGAUGAUCGUCGGCAUCGGCACCACCACCGCUCGUCGCACCGUCAUCGGUCGAGGUCGCCCGCUUCGCCGGAGCGGUCGUCACACCGCCGACACAGGAGUGAGCGAGAACGUGAACAUCGAGAUGAUCGACGCCGUGGAGAAGAUCGUGAUCGUGAUCGGGGCCGUGACAGGAGGGACGACGACAGAGCCCGUCGAGAUGAUCGUGAUCGAGACCGCGAACGAGAUCGUCGCGAUCACCGUGAAAGACGCGACUCAUAUUCCAACCGCCACCGCGAUGAACGGCGCGACUCAGAUACUCGGCGAGGCUCACCAUCUCCGCGUCCAACGCAAGACCGGAACAACCGCGAGUAUUCUAACAACAACAACAACCGGCGAGACCGUGACCGUCCUUCUGCACCGUCCCACAAUAUUCCCAAGAACAACAGACCCGCACCCGACCAGAAAGAUCUAGAAGAAGAGCGCCGCCGCAAGCUGGCAGAGAUGCAAUCCAACGCCAGCGAAAUGGAGGAUAUUCGCCGCGAGCGGAUCGCUGUGAUCUCCGCCGAAGAAGAGAAGCAGCGGGAGGUGGAAGAGCGGCAGCGCUCGGAUAAGGGCCGGUUUGUUUCGCAGCUGCAUCAGCGCGCGCAGGAGGAUAGUUUGGAUGAGCGCAUUCGGAGGGGGCGUGGUGGGUAUGCUAAGAUUGAGGCGGAUUGA